AUGAUUAUGGUAUCACGAGCUCGGCCUGGCGAGAACCUAUACAUUGUCGUGCCUCAACAACUCGUGGUCGAAGUUGGAGUCGACAUUGUUUAUAUGGUCACCGGAGGAAGAUCGCUCAAAAGAUUUCACGAUUUGGUUUGCAAUGAUUGCAAAGACAUAAAGCUCACGUAUUUCAUAAUGAUAUUUGCUUCUGUCCAUUUUGUCCUCUCCCAUCUCCCCAACUUCAAUUCUAUCUACGGUGUCUCAUUGGCCGCAGCUGUCAUGUCUUUAAGUUAUUCUACGAUUGCUUGGGGGGCUUCGGUUGGGAAAGGAAAGGAACCCGACGUGCAGUAUGGGUACAAGGCUUCGACGACAGCUUGCACGGUUUUCAACUUCUUCGGAUUGCUAUGUGGAGAGGAGUUAUUGUGGCUUAUAUUGUUGUUGCUAUGUACUACUUUCCGGUGGUUCGGUAAUGGUGUUGAGGGUAAUGAUGUUGAGGAUAAUAUUCUGUUGACUUUGGGGAAGCCCGUGUGGCUAAUAGCCAUGGCUAACAUGUUAGUUGUGGUUCAUGUUAUCGGAAAUUAUCAGAUAUAUGCGAUGCUGGUUUUCGACAUGAUAGAAACUGUACUUUUGAAGAAGCUUAGGUUUAAGCUUACAUGGUACUUGCAUCUCUCGGAAUCUUUAUGUGGGUACGUACAUUAA